AAUGCGGUCAUUUUGUAUCCUAUAGGGCCUCCAUACAUGCUCGCAUGUGACAAGAUUGGAAGCGGUGUUUGUUGACUGAUUCCGAAUCAAGAUGGCAGAACAAACGACGUUGGACAGCCUGCUGGAAAUGGGCUUUGACAGAAACAGAGCGGAAAAGGCUGUGGCACACACAGGAAACCAGGGCAUAGAGCGGGCCAUGGACUGGCUAAUGGAACAUGAGGGUGACCCAGACAUUGACGAGCCCUAUGUACCUCCUGUGGGGAACGUGCUUGGUGGAACUGGAGGAAGUGACCCACAACAGCCCAGCCCAGCAGCCCAAACCGCAGCAGAAGGAACAGACCCUGCUACAGAUGGUAGUGACCAGAUGAUCCAUGACGGGGAUACCAAACGACCAAUGACAGAGGAGGAGAAACGUGAGCAGAUAAAGAGGCUAGAGGAGCUGAUGCGGGUGAAGCAGGAGGAGCGGAGAGAGAGGGAACGAGCAGAGGAAGUAGACAGAGAGAAGCAGAGGAGGAGGCAGGGCCAGGAGCUGCUGCAGGUCAAACAGAAACUGCAGGAAGAUGAGAUGAAAAAAAUGGUCGACCUGCGCCAGAGAGAGAAGAACGAUGACAAAAUGGCCAAGCAACGGGUGCGAGACAAGAUAGCACGCGACAGAGAGGAGAGAGCACUUAAGUUUGGAGGCGGUUCUUCCAGUACAGCUCUUACCUCCCCUUCAGCAGAGGGCCCUCCUUCCUCUCCGCCCAGUCAGGGCCCGCCUCCCGCCAAGAAGGACUAUAACGAGUGCAGAAUCCAGGUGCGUAUGCUGGACGGCUCGGCGCUGACCUCCGUGUUCAAGGCACAGGAGCCGCUAGCUGCUGUGCGCGUCUACGUCCAGAUGAACGGCAACGCCCCCGAAGGCCAGGACUUCACGCUGCUGUCCCCGUACCCCCGCCGCAUCUACACAGAACUGGACAUGGAGAAACCCCUGCAGGAGCUGGGUUUGGUGCCUUCAGCUGUGCUGGUCGUUGCCAAGAAAUAAGGACCCUGAAGUAAAAACAUGCUUUAUGAGCCAACCUCAAUUCCACACAUCAUUUAUCACAACAGGACAAUGAACAGGAUGUCAACUAUGGAUUGAUUCUCCUUCAACAAACAUUGAGCUUUAAUCUUAAAUAGCAACACAAGAUGGAUGACUAUUGAUUCUCAUGGGGCCUAAAGUGUAAGACAUGGCUGGUGUUGAGACACUGCGACUUUCCACUGUAUUGAAGUUAUAGUUUUUAUAAGUUAAACAAUUUGACAGUGGUGUUAUUGCAUAAUCACUUGGAGUCACAUGGUGGACUGAACAUACUUUAAAACACAUAAAACACAAUGUACCUUUAAGAGAAAGCUGCAAAACUUGAUGACCUAAGUCAACUUUGUAUCUCACUGACUGGUGAGAGUUGCUUAUAUGUGCAUGACAGUUAAUUAAGAAAGAUACACUCUUAAGAAAUCACGUGUCAUAUCAAGAGUCCCAAAAAUGCACAUUGUGCUUCACUCAAAUGUUUUAUUGAACAAUGUAAAAGUGAAGAUUAAAAGUUACAUUGUCAUACAUUUGCAGUGUAUUUGUGCAUGCCUUUUUUGAGUACAAUGGAUUGGAUGCACUAAAACAACUUAAAUGGAAUGUUUUUUUUAAAACUGAGUGAUUAAAAAAGGCUGAAGUUG